UCCCUUCCCACUGGCCUUGCGCCCCUCCACAUCACACGCUCACCGCGACGAAGGCGAGAGGGAGCCAGUCAGCCAGCUCGUUUCUGUACACCCAGGACUGUACAGUAUCCCCGUCCCUCUCCUCCACCUUGCAGAAACCAUGGCCAACUCCUGCCUCUCCACCGCCGCGCACGCGGCGCUGCGCCUGCCCUGCCCCAAGCUCUUGGCCGACGCCGCCGGGACGCAGCUCCAGUACGCGUCCGUGUUCCCGCGCCCGGCGGCGCGCUCGCACCUGCACCGCCGCCUCCUCGUCGACCACGUCACCGCGCCCGUGGUGCCCGUGGCGCGGAGGCGCGGGCUCGCGGUCACCGCGAUGGUGUCGCAGGAGGAGGCCGCGGCCACGGCUGUCGAGGAGGAGGUCGCCGAGGGACAGUUGCAAGAGCAAGACGACGAGCAGGAACAAGACGGGGUCGUCGAGGCUAGCUCGGACGAGGGCGGCGGCAAGGAGGAGGGCGAGGGCGGCCCGUCGGAGGAGGAGGUGAGCACUACCACCACCAAGCUGUACUUUGGGAACCUGCCGUACAACUGCGACAGCGCGCUGCUCGCCGGCAUUGUGCAGGACUACGCCAGCCCGGAGAUGGUCGAGGUGUUGUACGAUCGGACCACGGGGAGAAGCCGAGGGUUCGCCUUCGUGACGAUGACCACCGUUCAAGACUGCGAGCUAGUUAUCAAGAACCUCGACGGCAGCCUGUACGGUGGCCGCACGAUGAAGGUGAACUUCGCCGACCGGCCGAAGCCCAAGCUGCCGCUGUACCCAGAGACCGAGCACAAGCUCUUCGUCGGCAACCUGUCCUGGACGGUCACCUCGGAGAUGCUCACGGAGGCGUUCCAGAGGUGCGGCAACGUGGUCGGCGCGCGGGUGCUCUACGACGGGGAGACCGGCCGCUCCCGGGGCUACGGCUUCGUCUGCUACUCCACCAAGGAGGAGAUGGACGAGGCUCUCUCCUCGCUCAACGGAAUGGAAAUGGAAGGCAGGGAGAUCAGGGUCAACUUGGCCCUUGGAAAAAAGUAGUAGAGUUCAGAUAGGAGAAAGUUGCCUUAGAUAUGUGAUUCUCCCUUCCAAUGCGAGUUGAAAGCAAGCAAGGGGGCGACGCUUACUCAUGGAAGCGCAUUGCAACAGCAAGCACAGGAGAGGACAUCUUUCAGAUUCAACAUUGCAGAAAUGCAGACAUGAUAUAUCAUGCAUUUUUUUUAAGCUGCCCUCAGAUGUAUAUCUAUUGAAGACUGCUCAUACCUUGUGAAUUGUGAUUCGACGAUUUUGAGAUGCUGGUUACCGGAGGUUCAUAGACUCAUAGUUCCAUCCUUUUGCUUGCUGGAACGGAAAUUAUCUUUCUUUCCAUUGGAACUGAAAUUUUCAAUCUGCCUGCACUUCCUUUUGCUGUUUGAUUGUCCAAUGUGAUGGGUGAACAUUAUGCAACUGUUAUGCUUCUUCCUGUAAUUAUUCUAGCAGACAUUUUGUUGGAUCCACGCAGAGUUGAAGCUGCUGUUUGGCGCAUCAACUAAAGAUUACACUGUUACUGAACGAUUUCAUAGACUGAAGUCUGAAACUGUCAGCUGGGUAUCACGUACGCGAAUGACAAUACUGACUGGUGCCGCAAAAACAAGAGAGCAAGAAUGUCUGGAGAUCAUUAUCCAUAGUCCAUAAACGCACAAUUCCGGCUUCUGAGAAAAUCUUGGUUGCUCCAGUUAAAGUGCCGGACAAAAUUCAGAAUUUUCUCGUCAUCUCAAUUUCAGCCAUACAACUGAAUAAUUCCUUACCAGAGCCAAAUUUCUUCCGUUUACAACCUUUACAAACCUACGAGAUUCUAAUGAUUUCUCGAGAAUAAGCAGGAUCGUGACAUACAUAUAUACGUUAUACGUAGACAGUUCCUCUAUCAAACUCAACUGAAAAAUGAUGAGAGAUUUUCUUUCUCACAGAAAAAAAAGAGAGAAUAAGAACAACGAAGGGAGAGCCACAUGUGUUUGUUUGCGUGGCAUGCUCGCAUCUCGUUGGCGCCAGGCGCAACCACCAGUCCACCACAUCCUGCACCAGACAGCCUCCGCGCCACUCACCACUCCGCACGCCUGAGCGACCAGAGGUUUCUCCACCAUGGCCAUCUCCACCGCCUGCAGCAUCCGCCUCCACGCCGCACCCGCGGCCCACCGCCGUCGCCGCGUCGUUGCCUCCGCCGCCGCAUCCGCCGUGCGGUUCGAUCGGCGCUCGGCCGUCCUCCUCCUGCUGUCCGCCGCGGGGGCCGCGCCGGCGGCGGUACCUCCCGCGAAUGCGGCGUCCAUCGGGCUCUUCGGCAUCCGGAAGAAGCUGGAGCGGGCGGAGGAGGCAGCGGCGGAGGUGGUGAGGGAGGUGGAGGAGGCCGCUGUUGAGGCGGCAGAGAUCGGCGGGGAAGCGGUGAAGGAGGCGAAGGAUGUCGGCGGCGAAGGCCUGCAGCUGGUGGCCGGCGCGGAGCUCGCCGGAGACGGGCUGGUGCAGGCCGCGGUGGUUGCCGGCGCCGAGGCCCUCGGGGUCGUCGUGGGCUUGUCCGUGGUCAGCGGCAUCCUACGGCCCGAAACAUAGAUGCUGUCCUGUAUGUGGUCUGUUGUUUAGGCCCAUCAAGUGUUUGGGCUUAGUACUGAACUCCUAUUAUUAAUUUUUAAUAAUUUUCUGUUGUGAAUUAA